GGAAUGAGGCGCAGCAGCAUUGCUGGGGUAGCCCAGGGCUGGGCUAGCAGGGACUGUGCAUUGGAAUUAAGGGGCAUUGGCAGAACUGUUUGAAGCCCGCAUCUUGGCCAACACACCUGUCAUUUCUCCACUUCCCCAGCCCACCUGACAGGUUAUUUGCUUUUACUCCCAGUUCAUAGGAACUUCUCGUGACCAGCUCUGUUUGCUGAAUGUCACCUUCCGUAUCUCACUGGCCACCUGCACAUCUGGGCUCCAUAUAAUGCAGACUAGAGCAGGAGGAGGCUCAGUGGCUUUCCUUUCAGCAGGGAUCUGGAUCCAUCUCUCAGACAGGAACCCCAGCACAAGGACAAGGGUGAUCCAAAGGCAGAGGCACCAUGGCCCAGAGGGGACACCACCUGAUACUGCUGCUCGUCUGGCUGGCCACGUGGCUGACUCUAGCCAGGGGGGAGACGCGCUAUGAGAAGUUCUUGAGGCAGCACGUCGAUUACCCAAAGAGCAGUGCCCUGGACUCCAGGACCUACUGCAACCAGAUGAUGCAGCGCCGGGGCAUGACCUCAGCGGUCUGCAAGUUCACCAACACCUUCGUCCAUGCCAGUGCUACCACCAUCACCACUGUCUGCGGCUCUGGGGGGACCCCGGCGAGUGGGGACCUGCGAGACAGCAAAGCCUCCUUCGCCCUCACCACCUGCCGGCUGCAGGGGGGAUCACAGACACCGCCCUGCAACUACAAUGCAGACACCAGCACCCAACGCAUCCGCAUCGCCUGUGUGGGGGGGUUUGUGCACUACGACAAAUCAAUAUAGCCUGGGCCCAUUGCACAGCACGCUCAGUUCCCCCAGCCCCUGCUCUGCUGCUGCCCCGAGUGUGAUUAUAUUGCAGAGCCAUCCCUUCUCCA